AUGCGCAUCAUCACUCCCGAGAACCUGCAUUAUCCUAUCACCGUCACGAGGCUGCUCCGCAAGCCCCAAGACCAGAUCGACUACAAUGCGCCCCUGUUCACCUAUCAGUACAAGACCAAAGUCCUCGAGGGCGAUGAGGAGACGCGCGAGGACAAGCUGGUCGAGCGCAUGUGGCCCUCGACCUUCGAGAGCACUGCAGAAGGCACCUUGACCGAAUGGCACAUCUCACAAGGACGCGUCAUAAGCAGGCCUGGCGUGCCCAUCGCCGACGUCGAAGAAGCUUGCAAACACGAGGUGCAGUUCGGAAACCUCUGCGCCGACUGUGGCAAGGACAUGACAACCGUUACCUACAACACAGUCACACGCGACACGGCCCGAGCCACUGUCAAUGCCGUCCAUGGCCACACCUCGCUACUCGUUUCGCGUGCAGAGGCCUCCAAAUCGGACGAAGAAGCAAAGCGCCGCCUCCUGUCAUCGCGCAAACUCUCGCUUGUUGUCGAUCUCGAUCAGACCAUCAUACAAGCCACCGUCGACCCCACUGUCGCAGAAUGGCAGAAGGAUCCCCAAAAUCCAAACUACCCCGCCGUCAAGGACGUCCGCGCUUUCCAGCUUGUAGAUGACGGUCCUGGUGCAAGAGGUUGUUGGUACUACAUCAAAUUGCGCCCCGGCCUUGAGGAAUUCCUGUCCACCAUCUCAAAGUAUUACGAGCUGCACAUCUACACAAUGGGUACUCGUACCUACGCUCAAAACAUCGCCAAAAUCGUGGAUCCUGAUCGCAAGAUCUUCGCCGAUCGCAUCCUCAGCAGAGACGAAAGUGGAAGUCUGACUGUCAAANACCUCAAGCGCCUCUUCCCAGUCGAUACAAAGAUGGUCGUCAUCAUUGAUGACAGAGGCGACGUCUGGCACUGGUGCCACAACCUCGUCAAGGUUACUCCGUAUGACUUCUUUGUUGGCAUUGGUGAUAUUAACUCCAGUUUCCUUCCUAAACGACCUGGCUUGGAGCCUAGACCUUCAAAAUCUGCUGCUCCAGAUGCGCCGGCCCCUGCGCCUGACUCACAAUCCGUCGCAAGCCCACCUGCCGACUCGACGGGGAACAAGGUCUCUGCCAUUGAUCAGCUGGUAUCCAUGAGCGGUGGUAACGACCCUACCAAGCUCAAGGAACAGACAUCAGAGAUGGGAGAAGCCAUCACCGCUCAACUCAUCGACCGUCCUUUGCUACAGAAGCAGAAAAUUCUGGAUGCUGCAGAUGAAGACAACAACGGUACAAACGAGGCUCCCCUGGAGAACGAUGCAACAACUGUACCCGACGCAUCCAUAGACACACCCAACAAGUACCGCCAUAACCUUCUACAAGACAACGAUACCGAGCUCGGCUAUCUCCAGCGUAGUCUACAAUCAGUCCACUCUGCCUUCUUCCAAGAGUAUGACCGAAAGACUUCCGGGCCCAAAGAUGGCCGCGUUGCCGAACUGCGUGCUGGUCCUGAUGUCAAGGCCACAUCGGACAAACUCGACAGUCUUCCUGACGUGACAAGUAUAAUGGCAGCUAUGAAGUUGAAGGUCCUGAAGGGUGUACACCUCGUUUUUUCCGGAGUCAUGCCGUUAGGAGUUCAAGUUCAGAAUCACGAUUUUGCAAUCUGGGCAAAGAGCUUCGGUGCGAUAGUGACUGAGAACAUCACCAAGCGUACCUCUCAUGUAAUCUCUUCGCCAUUACGGAAGACGGCCAAAGUCCGACAAGCCGCGAAAAAAGCCGACAAGAUCAAGAUUGUGUCUCAAGAUUGGCUGUUUGCCUGUCUGGUGCAAUGGGAAAAGGUUGACGAAGCUCCUUUCCGCUUGCAUCAGGACCUGGAGAACGAGCCAAACGAGCCAGUCGUCAAUGGCCAGGGUUCGCCUUUCGAUGGUCCUGACCAGAACGCCCAGUUGUCGUCUUCCGAUGAAGAGGCCGCCGUCACUGAAGAAGAGGAUGCUGGCGAGACCGAUGCUACCGGAAACGAUACCGACGCACAAGAGCAGGCCGAACUCGAACGUUACAUGCCCAGUCUGCCACGUGAAGCAAGCUCCAUGGAAACCUCUGCCGACCUGGCCGACUGGGAUGCUGAGCUUGAGGAGUUCUUGGGUGACGAGCUCGACAGUGAAAGCGAAGCAGGUAACAACCAGUCAGAUACGGAUGACACAGAAUCACAGCCCUCCAGUGCUAAGAAGAGAAAGAGAGGCGAGGAGGGGCAGUCUACAGAUGACGAGAGCGACUCCAGCCAGAUGGGCACCAGUAGACUCGAACGAAGGAAGAGAAAGGCGCUCGCCAGAACAACGAGUCUUGCUAGCGUCUCUGCAGUUGAUGACGCAUCGAGGGUCAAGGCCGAAGCCCAGACCAGUGCGCCUCAGCAAGACACUCCCGCAGGCACCAAAGUCGAUAUCGUCGACGAGGAAGAAGACGAUCUUGAGGCUCAGAUGGAAGCGGAAAUGCUGAGACAAGCCGAAGAGGAAGGAUACGCAUGA